AUGGAUUGGAGUCGGGCAAAGCACUGGAAGCUGCCGGCCCUGGUCUUGGCUUUGGUGGCCCGUGCGGCUCGCAGGGCUGCCGUGCUGGUUCCCGAGAUUCAGGGCGAGGCCUCGCUGUGCAACCUCCGCUCGCACGAUCUCGAGGAGCUGCAGCGGCAGCUUCGAGACUUGUGGGCGAAGUGGCCACCAGAGACUGCGGAGGUCGACCUGCCACGUGUGGUCCAUUUCUUGGCAGUCACGGAGCCACUAUGGACCGCUGCCGAUCCAGACAAGGAUGGCCAUUCCAGCAGUUGUCCCGGAGAUGCCCAGGAGAUGUGCGACGUCCCCGACGAACUGCAGCCACGUUGGGAAUAUUCGGACUUGAAGCGACUUGGGAUGACUCGCAACUUCUCCGACCUCGAUUACGCGCGCGGAAAUUAUGCGAUGCAUGGCUUCACUUCGAAAGACACCAUCAGCUUGGUGACGUUCCUUGCCAAGGGUACGCAUCCCUUUGGCGUGGAGCUGAUUCCCAAAGACGCAGGCUCGAAGUUGCAGCACUUCGAGGAAGACCAGGACGGCUGGUACAGGGCCCAAAAUCUUCUGCAGACCACCGAUGACUUUCAGGUUCGGUGGAAUGAGAGUCUCGCGCAACUGACGUUCAGCUACCAGGCUUUGCCUUGCUAUGGCCUGGCGGAUACUCGCUAUGUCGAGGCCAUGCCGCUGCGAGAAACAUACAUCAAGGAGACCGAUUCCCCGGAAGCGUGCUGCACACUCUGCUACGCGGAGCAAGACUGUGAGGUCUGGAUGUGGCUCGAGGAUGGUGCUGGUAAGACAGGCUGCUGGCUCGUCAAGGAUGUCAGUGGCAUCCGGGGCGACGCGCAGGGCGCCAUGCUAGGCAGAAUACGUGCUCACAGUUGA